AUGGACCGGUCACUUAAAUGUUUCACCAACUGCCUGCUCUGCAUCUCGGGAGAGCUGGUGGCUCAGGAUCUUUACUUCAGCACUGAGCAAGGCACCAUCACGCCCAACUACUACUUUCGACAAGAAGGUGUCGAGAGGAUAGACCUUGGGGGUAAAAUUAUUGCACCGGGGUUUUUGGACUUGCAGACCAACGGCAUGAAUGGUGUCCAUUUUACGCAACUGGCCCUGGGUGAUGGACCGGGAGACGACGAACGCAAGUUGGAAGACGUCAGUAAAAUGGAAAUCUGUCAUGGAGUAACAGGCUGGUGGGCGACUGUGCCAACGGUGGACAAGGACCGGUGGAAGCAGAUAGUACCACUGCUGAAACCACAAACAUUUGACUCCGGUGCCCAUUUGCUGGGUGCACACGUUGAAGGGCCGUACCUCAAUGGCUCGAAGAAAGGAGCACAUAAUGCCGCUUUCCUCCAAGAGCCAGCGAAAAUGUCCCCAUCUGUGUUAUAUGGGGAGGGCAAUCUCAAGGAUGCCAUCAAGCUGGUCACUCUGGCGCCAGAACUGGCCGGAUCGACUGCACUCGUGGGCCAGCUGCAAGAAGAAUACCCUCACGUUGUCAUCUCUCUUGGGCAUUCGGCCGCCGAGUACGAAGAGGGCCUUGCGGCUCUGCAACUGGGUGCCCGGGCGUUGACACAUGUCUUUAACGCAAUGCUGCCUCUUCAUCAUCGCAAUCCUGGGCUUGCCGGGCUGAUGGGGACUGGCAAGUGCUAUUACUCAAUCAUUCCAGAUGGGAUACAUCUACAUCCUUCAGUAGUCACCCUUUGCCUACGGACCGACCCGAGGAAAUGUAUCUUUAUCACGGACAGCAUCGAACUCGCUGGGCUACCGGACGGCCUACACCCCGGACACGGGCAGAUUGCACAGCGACAGCUUAAGCAGGGCAACAGAGUGACAAUUGAGGGCACAGAUACAUUGAUCGGCAGUUGUUGUACGCUGGACGAAUGCAUACGGAAUGCAGUGGCAUUUACCGGGUGUAAUCUCGCCGAAGCCGUGCAGUGUGUCACCGAAAACGUCGCAGAUAUGAUGGGCGAGAGCAAGAGAGGGAGGCUCGAGCCUGGUCGACGCGCCGACUUUGCAAUUCUAGACCAAGAGGGGAAUGUUUUAGAGACGUGGAUUGGGGGAAGAAAGGUAUGGGCGAGGUCGUGA